AGAACCGUCAAGCACUGUCACCACCAUCAUAUCCCCUUAUAGACAUAGACAUCUAGAUCAUCAAUAUCAAAAUGUCUGAUUUACAAUUACAGUUAUUGAAAUUAGUCGAUAGCAAUAGUGGAGUUAUUGAAAACACUCUUAAUGUUGCCGAAUUGUCUAAAAUAGAUGCUAAUACUUUACAUUCAAAUUUGACUUCCCUUUGGGCCAAGGAAAUGAUUGUGUUCUCCAAAAUUGAAGUUGAAAAGUGGACUUUAACUGAAGAAGCCCAAUCAUACCUUAAAUCAGGCGCUACUCCUGAAGUUCAAGUGGUUGAUGAAGUUUUAAAGGCUUUGGAAGGCUUAACCAUUUCAGAAUUAAAAACUAAAUUAGGUCCAAUUGGAGCUGUUGGUCAAGGUAAAGCCUUCAAAAAUAAAUGGUUGAGUAAGAAAGGUGAUGUUUUGAUUUCUAAUGUUAAGGAAUUACCUAAAGACACCGUCUUAGAGUUCUUGCAAACUAUUGACAAAACUGGUACUCUCGACGACAAGAAGGAAUUAACUGAAUUGAAAAAGAGAAAAUUAAUUAUCAUGAACAAGAUUGUUGGAUACAAAGUGGAAAAGGGUCCAAAGUUUGCUCUUGAAAUUGUUUCCUUAGAAACUGAUAUUACUUCCGAUAUGAUUGUUAACAACACCUGGAAAGACGCCGAAUUCAAGCCAUAUAAUUUCAACUCCGAGGGUGUAUACCCACCAUCCGGUGCAUUGCAUCCUCUUAAUAAAGUCAGAGAAGAAUUUAGACAAAUUUUCUUCUCUAUGGGAUUCACUGAAAUGCCAUCAAACCAAUACGUUGAAUCUGGUUUCUGGAAUUUCGAUACUUUAUUCGUUCCUCAACAACAUCCAGCCAGAGAUUUGCAAGAUACUUUCUAUUUGAAAGAUCCUGUUGAAGCCGGUUUACCUGAAGAUAAAGAAUACUGGGACCGUACUAGACAAGUUCACGAAAGCGGGAAAUAUGGUUCUAUUGGAUAUAGAUAUCCAUGGAAAGGUGAAGAAUCUUUAAGAAUGGUAUUAAGAACACACACUACUGCCAUUUCAUCCGCUAUGUUAUAUCAAUUAGCCAAGGACCCUAAGCCAAUUAGAUUAUUCUCUAUUGACCGUGUUUUCAGAAAUGAAGCCGUUGAUGCUACCCAUUUGGCUGAAUUCCACCAAGUUGAAGGUGUUAUUGCCGGUUAUGAUAUCACUUUAGGUGAUUUGAUUGGUUUCAUGGAAGAUUUCUUUGGUAAGAUGGGUGUUAAUGGAUUGAGAUUUAAAGCUGCUUAUAAUCCAUAUACUGAACCUUCUUUGGAAAUUUUUGCAUAUCACAAGGGAUUAGGGAAAUGGGUUGAAAUUGGUAAUUCCGGUAUGUUCAGACCAGAAAUGUUGGAAACUAUGGGCUUGCCAAAGAAUUUGAGAGUUUUGGGUUGGGGUCUUUCCUUAGAAAGACCAACUAUGAUUAAGUAUGGUGUUUCAAACAUUAGAGAAUUAUUGGGUCAUAAAGUGUCUUUGGACUUUGUUGAAUCAAACCCAGCUGCAAGAUUAGAUGAAGAUUUAGUUUAAUUUAAUAUCUAGAAAAUUGUAAAUAACUUUAUAAAUCUGUUCAAAUAGUAGUCUUUUUUUUGUCCUGCAGAUAGAACAUUGAAAAAUGCAUAAUUCUCAACACGAGACAUUCCU